CUCUGCACUGCCAACAUGUACACUGCUAUAAAAAGACUGGCAUGUGGACUGGGGCUCACUGUUGGUCGGCCAGUGUGUGUGGGCAGUUUAAAAAGGCUGAGGGAAAACACUACAAACAUGACUGCAGUUCAUCGCUUGGUCAUUGUCCGCCAUGGGGAGAGCCAGUGGAACCAGGAGAACCGUUUCUGUGGCUGGUUCGAUGCCGACCUCAGUGAAAAGGGCGUGGAGGAGGCCAAGCGUGGAGCCCAGGCCAUCAAAGAGGCCGGGAUGAAGUUCGACAUUUGCUACACCUCUGUGCUCAAGCGCGCUAUCAUGACGCUGUGGACCAUCAUGGAGGGGACGGACCAGAUGUGGCUGCCUGUAAUUCGUACCUGGCGCUUGAAUGAGCGUCACUAUGGUGGCCUCACUGGGCUCAACAAGGCGGAGACUGCAGCGAAACACGGAGAGGAGCAGGUGAAGAUCUGGAGGCGUUCGUUUGAUAUCCCUCCUCCUCCCAUGGACAAGGACCAUCCGUACCACAAAAUCAUCAGUGAGUCACGUCGCUACAAGGGCCUAAAGGCUGGUGAACUGCCCACUUGUGAAUCCCUCAAGGACACCAUUGCGCGCGCCUUGCCCUUCUGGAACGAAGUCAUCGCUCCUGAAAUCAAAGCUGGGAAAAACGUAAUCAUCGCUGCCCAUGGCAACAGUCUCCGCGGCAUUGUAAAGCACUUGGAAGGUAUGUCCGACGCAGCCAUCAUGGAGCUCAACCUUCCCACUGGAAUCCCCAUCGUGUACGAACUGGAUGCCGACCUCAAGCCCGUCAAACCCAUGUCUUUCCUGGGAGACGAGGAGACCGUGAAGAAGGCCAUGGAGGCUGUGGCUGCUCAGGGCAAAGUCAAGAAGUAAAAGUGCACAAAAAUGAGCAAAAGGACACUAUAUCCAGCUAUUAGUCCACACUUUUUAUCUAACAUCCAUUCCAACAAGUUUUAGUAAAUUCUAUUACUGCAAAAACUGAAUGUCACUAUGAGUUAAAGUGACUAGAAGUUAAGAAUUUCAAUCAUGUUUUGUGUAGUUUUGAUAUUGAAACCAGUUCAAAAUACCUAAAAAUUUAAGACCUUCAAACUAAAAAGUAAAUCUAAACAUAUCAAAACUACAGAAAACAUGACAAAUAUUCUGGAUUGAAGCCAGUUUAACAUGUAGACAUAUUCUUUAUGCAGUGUUAUACAGUGAAUGGCACUGUCCAAGUUAUCACUGUGAGUCUCAAUCCUUUUUAAAUUGUGAUGAAGCCCUAUUUUGAGGGCCUCAUCACCCUGGAAUAACCAAUAAAACCUGUUUUGUGUA